AUGCCACUAUCAUUCAGUGUCUCUGAAGCCACAGCAGAUUGGGUGACAGUUCUCAAAAUCAAAGAUGAAAUACAUAAUCUUCCUUCUCCUGCUGAAAACAUUAAUGAUUAUGCGGAUGUGUUGGUUCCAUUUUUGAUUAUGACUCUGUCUUCUGAAGAGGCACAUUCGUCAUCAAAAUUUUGCUGUGAAGUUGUAAUCACUAAGUCUUCCGAAAUUGAUGAAGAAGAAAAGCAUCAUCAUCAUCCGACACCAUACAAAUUCGGAUACGACAUAAAAGAUCACCAUGGAGCUCAACACAGGCAUGAACAUAGCGAUGGUCAUGGCAAUGUGCACGGAAGUUACGGAUUUACUGACCACAGAGGUGUCCACAGGGUCGUUCAUUACGUAGCUGACCAUCACGGAUUUAGAGCUAAGGUGGAGACAAACGAACCUGGAACAGAUAAUCAAGAUCCAGCACAUGUUCAUCUACAUUCUCAUCCUUAUCAUGGUCAUCAUGAUCAUCACGGACAUCAUGGCCAUCAUCAUGACGACCAUCAUGGACAUCAUCACGGUCACCAUCAUGGGCAUCACCACGAUCAUCACCAUGGUCAUCAUCAUGGACACCACCAUUAA